GGCUUCUCCUUCAAACUCGUUCUGGUGAGUGCAAUCAUCGUUGUGACUCGUUCUUCGCUUACUUGUUAUCAUUAUCUUUCGUGUGUCGAUUUUCUCAUCUGAAAAUGUCUUGCUGCGGUGGUAACUGUGGGUGCGGAAGUGGCUGCAAGUGCGGCAACGGAUGUGGAGGAUGCAAGAUGUACCCAGACUUGAGCUACACCGAGCAAACAACCACUGAGACCCUGGUUAUGGGAGUGGCACCUGUUAAGGCACAAUUCGAGGGUGCUGAAAUGGGUGUUGGAGCUGAGAACGGUGGUUGCAAGUGUGGAUCAAACUGCACCUGCGAUCCCUGCACCUGCAAAUGAGGUGGAGAGUGAAAAGCUUCAAGCAGAGAUGGUCCUUAACCAAUUAGCAGCAGGAAUAAUAACUAGUUAAUAUAUAUGUAUGUUUAUGUUGUCUGUUUUCGUGUACUCUGGUGUUUGGGAGUAUUAGAAUAAAGUGGCCAUGUCUUAUCCUUGAGCUAAUUCAAAUGUUCUGGAUUCGUGAUAUGGGUGUAUGUAGCCAUGGUUGCUUUGUUUUAUUUUAUUUUAUGUUUGUUUGGUUA